AUGGACCAGCUUCUGCGGUUCUUGGAACAGCACUUCCUGCACCUGGCGGAGACUGUGAUCAUCCUGGAGGGUGGAGGGCCCGGUGCUGUGACCAUGCUACAUGCACUGCUCGAAACCUUCGCGGACAACGAAGGGUCCCCCCUAAUGCAGUUCCUCCACGCGGCGAGAGACUUCAUGGAGCCGGGCUGGGAGGUCACCGGCUACUACCCGCUGCAAUUGUAUGCAUCGGCGCUGGUCUUUGAGCCGGACUCGUCGCUCAUCAAACGCGCCCUGGUCGCCGACCUCCCCUGCUGGCUUGAUCUCGCGCCGAGGAUGGAGGAUCCACGCCGGACCGCUCUCGACAACUUUGACGACCCCUUCACCGCGGGCUACGCAUCCACUGUGUCUGCGCUGACCUUCUCUCCCGAUGGCCGGCUCGUGGCCUCGGCCUCGUGGAACGGAACCGCCGCGCUGUGGGACACCAGGACGGGCGCACUCAGACAUAAGCUGCGCGGCCACGGCUCAAUCGUCCGUUGCGUGGCGUUCUCACCCGAUGGCCUGCUCUUGGCAUCCGGGGCGCAGGACCAGUCUAUUGUGCUGUGGGACACCCGCACGGGGCGCCCGCGGCAUACCCUCCUUGGCACGGGCAGACCGCGGGCCCCGGACGACCCAUACGACGGCGGCCUGGCCCGUGUGGUGUUCUCGCCCGACGGGCGGACCCUGGCCGUCGAGAUCUGCGAUGACCGGGUGUGGCUGUGGGACGUGGUGACGGGGGUCCUGCGGCUGACGGUCGACUGCCACGACGGUGAGAGCCGGGCCCUGGCCUUCUCGCCGGAUGGCCAGCGGGUGACGUCGGGCUCGAAGGACCACUCGAUCCAGAUGUGGGACGUCGCGACGGGGGCUCUGCAGAAGACGCUGCAGGGCCACGAGAUCUGCGUAAUCGACGUGGCGUUCUCGCGCGACGGGCGCCGCCUCGUCUCCGUGGGGGGCGACGUCACAGUGCGGCUGUGGGACACGGAGACCGGCGCGCUCCAGCGGACGUUGCGCGACUGCGCCAACCUGCCCCAGCCCCAAGCCGUCGGAUUCUCCUCGGACGGGCGGCUGGUGGCGCUCGGGGGGGAGGACGGCUGCCUGUAUCUCUGGGAUGCUGGCUCGGGGAAAUUGCUACACACGGUGCCGUGGGGCCUGGUGGAAAAUACCCUCUUGAUUGGGGGGGCGUCCGGCCGCAGCUCCUACAUCGAGACCGACGUCGGGUGUGUGGACAUCGGACGCUGGUUGCCUGGCGAUGCGUCGCCUUACCCCGAGGUGUAUCUGCAGGAUCCGUGGAUAAUGUACCAGGGGAGACGUGAGAUGCGUCUGCCUGAUAGAUACCGGCGUCCCGAGGCGUCGGCUUACCGCGAUGGGAUUCUGACGUUGGGGUAUGAUUGGGGGAGCGUGAUAUUUCUUGGGUUUGGGAAAGAGUAGAUUUGCCUGGGAUUGAGUUAAACUGUCUGCGGAUAUAGUAUUUGUAUUCUGGAAUAGUAUUGAUAUUCUGGAGUACAAUGUUAUUGUGUGACUACAGCCUGGAAGUCCAACAAGUCAACCAUCUCUUCUCCGUACACGGCCCAAACUGACUCCCUUUGAUAUGAUGUAUCACGUUACAGUACCUAUUACAUUAGCCAUCGCGCUAGCCUGUGGAACCUUUCUCUUUUUUUUAUAUACAUAUAUAUAAAGCGAGAGAGGG